GCGGCCUACUGGGGCUCAGCCGGCCCAGGGCCAUCCCGGAUCCCCGGCCUGCACCGGGGAGCCCGCCGCCCUGGGGACCCGGGAGGGCGGUGAGACGCCGGGCGGCGCUGUUCGUCGCGGAGCUGUGGGAGGGCUCAGGCCGAGGGAACACCUUCCUGGUGACGGAGCCGCAGUCUCCGCGCCGCUGGUGCCACGGCAGGGGGACCCAGGUGCCCAUGGCCCGGCGACCACGGGGCAGGGGCCGCUCGGUUAACCGCGGCCUCCCCGGGGCCGGAGGACAACUGGCGAUACGCUCUGGGAGGAUCACAGUUGUCGCCAUGGAGGGGGCGCAGAGCGAGCCAUUCCACACGGUCAGCCCUCUGCUGCGGAGUUGGGCGCUGUCCCAGGUGGCCGGUGCCACCGUCUUCCUCAAGUGUGAGAACGUGCAGCCCAGCGGCUCCUUCAAGAUCCGCGGCAUCGGGCGCUUCUGCCAGGAGAUGGCCCGGAAGGGGUGCCGACACCUGGUGUGCUCCUCAGGGGGCAACGCGGGCUUCGCGGCUGCCUAUAGUGCCCAGAGGUUGGGCCUCCCGGCCACCAUUGUACUGCCUGAGGCCACCUCCCAGCAGGUGGUGAGGAGGCUGCAGGGUGAGGGCGCUGAGGUGCAGCUGGCCGGAAAGGUGUGGGACGACGCCAACCUUCAGGCACACGCAUUGGCGCAGAGGGACGGCUGGGUGAACGUCCCCCCAUUUGACCACCCGCUGAUAUGGGAAGGCCAUGCCAGCCUGGUGCAUGAGCUGAAGGCUGCCCUGGGGGCCCCACCAGGAGCUGUGGUGCUGGCCGUAGGCGGCGGGGGCCUCCUGGCUGGGGUAGCAGCUGGCCUGGUGGAGGUGGGCUGGCAGAGCGUGCCCAUUGUCGCCAUGGAGACCCGAGGGGCGCACAGCUUCCACGCGGCGCUGGAGGCAGGCAGGCUGGUUACACUGCCCGACAUUACCAGUGUGGCCAAGAGUCUGGGCGCCAAGACGGUGACCGCGCAGGCCCUGGAGUGUGCCCGACAGUGCAGGAUCCUGUCUCAAGUGGUGGAGGAUGCAGAGGCCGUGAACGCCGUGCAGCGGUUCCUGGACGAUGAGCGCAUGCUGGUGGAGCCCGCUUGCGGGGCAGCCCUGGCUGCCAUCUACUCAGGCCGCCUGGGGCAGCUGCAGGCUGAGGGCCACCUGGACCCUUCUCUGGCUUCCAUCGUGGUCAUUGUGUGUGGAGGAAACAACAUCGACAGCCAGCAGCUGCGGGCUCUGCAGGCCCAGCUGGGCCAGCACUAAGGGUCCCAAGGUGUAUGGCACCUGUGGCAGCCCAGGGUCCUGGGUCACAGACAGUGGUGGAGCUGUGUGUGUAUCCACAGUGACUUCCCUGUGGAAAGCCCCAUAGGCCUGUUACCUGUGGCUCCCUGCAGCUCUGGCCAAUAAACCUUUGAGUGUA